AUGCAAUUUGAACAAGUAAUUUCUGCUCUUCAGUCACCAAACAACGAAGUAAGAAAACAAGCUGAACAAUUAUAUAAUGAAGCACUCGAAAAAAAUUCAGACUCAUUUAUACAAUCUCAUUUUGAAAUGCUUAAAUCACAAAACGAAAAUAUUAGACACUAUGUAUUAACAAUUUUGCAUGUUUCAUUAAGUAAAAGUAUUGAACCAGUAUUAUUUGAUCGAUUAAAUCAACAAAUUCAAGCCACAAUGUUUUCAACAUUAAUUGAAAUUUUUAAGAACGAAACUAGUUUGAAAGUAGUUUCAAUGCUUGCAGAAGUACUUUCAAUUAUUUGUAUAUCUCUUUCAAAGAAAAAGGUUAAUGUAAAUCCUUAUUUUAAUACCACUAUUGAAUUAACUAAAUCACCAAAUGAAGCACUUAGAUUUUUAGGAUAUACUACAGUGUCUCAACUUAUUCUUUUAUUAGAGCCUCAAACACAAGUUGAAGCAACAGGAACAUUAGUACAACUUCUUAGUUCUGGAAUGAAUGACAAUUCUCUUGUUGUGGCACUUGCUGCUCUUGAUAGUUUUAUUUCAUGUGUAUUAAUGUAUGAUGAUCCUGAUUCUCCUCUUGGCGAGUCACAAGGUAAGUUUAUUGUUCUUAUGCCUAUUGCUUUGCAAUUAUUUGGUAAAAUCAUGAACAGUGGUAAUCUUAAAUUAAUUACUAAAUCACUUUCAACUGUUGCACAAUUUGCUUAUUUACCAAAAGAAUUUAUGAAACCAUAUGUUAUGGUGUUUGUGAGUGGGUUAUUAACAAUUUCUUCAAAUGAAAGUAUUGAUUUUGAAGUACGUAUGACUGCUAUGAGCACAGUACUUGAUAUUGUUGAACCUUUCAAAUUACUGUUUAAGAGAGAACCAGUUGCAUUAAAUAAUGUACUUUCUCAUUUAUUUACAUGGUUAUGUAUUCUCAAUGAUGACGUUGAUUCAUGGAAUAAAGGAGAAGAAUUAGAUGAAGAUGCUGCAGAUCUUGCAAGAGAUCUUGUUGAUCAGUCUGCAGACAUGUUUGGAGGAGAAUGUAUGUUUAUGUUCAUUAAUUCUCAAAAAUUAGAUAAUUGGAAGAAAGAAUGUGCUUAUUUAAGAUGGAUUUAUAUUACUUUAAAUGCUGGAAAACAUUUUUAUAAGAAACAUUUAGAUAAGUUAUUUGAAAUUAUUAAUAAAUAUUUACUUCAUCAACAUCCAAGAGUUAGAAAUAUGGCAUUUUUAUUGUUAAAUGAGAUGAUCUGUCUUUUCAAAAAGAAAUGUAAGUCAUAUGUUUCACAGAUUUUCCAAGUUAUUAAACAAUCAUUUAGUGAUGCUUUUAUUCCAAAUCAAAUUAGUGGGUGUGAUAUUAUUUCUUCAUUUAUUGAUGUUGAAUUAGUUAGUCAAUCUGAAUUCCAAGAAGUUCUUAUGUCCAUGUUACAAUCAUUAACUAAUUUUAUUACAACUGCUCAAAGUACAAAGUUAAUUAUUGCUGCAUUUGCUUCACUAAACUUUAUUAUUCAUUUUAUGAAAAAUAUGCUUGAUCAAUAUUUUGCCAUUUUAAUGGAUUUCUUUAAAUCUAAAGCACAACAAUUAAAUCAAGUCAUUUUAACGGCCACUGAUCAAAAACAAAGAAAGGAAAUAUUAAAAAUUAAAUCUCGUCUUAUUGAAGGACUUUCUAUGUUAGUUUAUUCAUGUUCUAAGAGUAUUACAAAACAAGUUGCACAUGAAAUUUUCCUUGAAGUAUAUAAUGUGUUCUCUUUAAAGGAAGAAGAAAGAGAGGUUUUAAUGCCAUUUGCUGAAAAAGCCUUUACUCGACUUGCUGGAGUAUUGAAAGAUGAUAUUCAACCAUAUUUAAAUACUAUUGUUCCAAUUAUUAUUUCUAGAGCUUCAAUGAAUCCAGAGAUAACAGUUGGAGAUAAAGAAGAACAAGUUGAUGAUGAGGAUUGGGCUAAUACAGUAUUCCAAGGAAUGAAUAUUGGAAUUAAAACUAGUCAAAUUGAGGAGAAGGCUGAUGCUAUUUCUACUCUUGAUUUAUUUGUUGAUGAUCUCCAAGAAUUAAUGGUUCCAUAUGUUGAGUCUAUGAGUCCAUUAAUUAAGUCUAUGAAAUUUAUUAUGGAUGACACUGUUCGUUUUAAAGCCACUACCUUGGUUGGAACAUUGUUUAAGUUAAGACUAAAAGUGUUAGUUGCCCAAAACAGACAACAAGCUAUUGCAGCAAUGAAAUCAUCACAAUUCUAUGUUAAUGCCUUUACUGCAUUUGUAAAAUAUAUUCCAUCAGAAACAGAGCCAAGUGUUGCUUUACAUAAAAUAGAGACAUUUAAUACAAUGAUUAAAUCUCUUGGACCAAAUGCAUUAAGUUUAGAAGAAUUAAAUAUGAUAUUUACUAUGUUUGCUGAUGUAUUUGAAAGUUAUGAAAAUUCAACAAAGAUGAAAACACAACAACAAGAAUCUGUCCAAGGAUUAACUGAAGAAGAAUUGGAAAUUCUUGAUCAUUCAAAUGAAACAGACUCUGAUACUAUUAUGGCUUGUCAACAUUUAUUCCAAACAGUUAUUAAAUUAAAUGAACAAUACGUUAAUCCAUAUAAUACUAUUCUUCAUCAAUGGAUUAUGAAAUAUUAUAAUUCUGGAAAUGCAGAUUAUAUUUCUACUUCUAUUGUUUAUAUAGGUGAUUUAGUAACUGUAGGAAAAAGAACAGACCUUGUUAAUGAUGUUAUAUCUCAAUUUAUCAAUUAUAUCUCAUCUGACAAUUCAGAUAUUCAAUUCAAUGUAUUGUUGUCCUUAACUGAAAUACUUAAAUAUUAUCCAGAUAAUAUUAUUCAAAACUUCUUCUCUCUUUUAGCUCAAAAAUUAAAGUGGUGUGAGCAAUUAAGAGGGCAAGAAAAGAAUGAUAUUUAUGAAGCAUCCUUACUUUGUAAAGGGUCAUUAUUAAUUUGUCAUCCAGAGUUAUGUAAAUCAGUUGGAAUUAAUAUUAUUGAUAUGAUGAAUGAUUGGUUUGGAUCAAUUAUGAAUAUAAAGAAUGUUAAAGACAUGGCAUUAUGUCUUGUUAUUUUUGCUUCAAAGAAAGGAUCUUUGAUUGUUGAUACUCCAGAAAAACUUGCUCAUUACAUUAACUUCAUUGGAAAUACAUUAAUAGAAGACUCUAUUGAUGAAGAAUCUUCUAACAUGUUAAAAGAAGUUCUUAUGCAAUUUAAACAAAAGUUCCCUGACCAAGUUUUUACACAAAUAUGGCAAGGUAUGAGCAUUGAAGCAAGAGAAGAAAUUUAUUGUUUGUUGGAUAAUUCAAACCAAAAUGCAUAA